AGAAUCUUUUACUGGCUUCUCCCGUCCUACAUGUUGUUCACAACAUGGCGCCGUUAGAUUUAGAUAAAUAUGUGGAGAUUGCAAGACAGUGCAAAUAUUUACCAGAAAACGACUUGAAGAGAUUAUGUGACUAUGUGUGUGACUUGCUACUAGAGGAAUCAAAUGUUCAACCAGUCACCACUCCUGUCACUGUUUGUGGAGACAUCCAUGGUCAGUUUUAUGACCUAUGUGAGCUCUUCAGAACUGGUGGACAAGUUCCAGACACAAAUUACAUUUUCAUGGGAGACUUUGUUGAUAGAGGAUACUACAGUUUGGAAACAUUUACACAUCUGCUAGCCUUAAAAGCGAAGUGGCCAGAUCGCAUCACACUUCUGAGAGGGAAUCAUGAAAGCAGACAGAUUACACAAGUGUAUGGGUUUUAUGAUGAGUGCCAAACUAAAUAUGGAAAUGCCAAUGCAUGGAGAUACUGCACAAAAGUGUUUGACAUGCUAACUGUUGCUGCUUUGAUCGAUGAGCAGGUACUCUGUGUGCACGGCGGCCUUUCGCCCGACAUCAAGACCCUGGACCAGAUCCGCACUAUUGAGCGCAACCAAGAAAUCCCCCACAAAGGGGCCUUCUGUGACCUUGUGUGGUCAGACCCAGAGGAUGUUGACACCUGGGCUAUCAGUCCACGAGGGGCAGGAUGGCUUUUUGGUGCCAAAGUUACUAAUGAGUUUGUUCACAUCAACAAUCUCAAGCUGAUUUGUCGUGCACAUCAGCUGGUCCAUGAGGGUUACAAGUUCAUGUUUGAUGAGAAGCUGGUGACUGUGUGGUCGGCACCCAACUACUGCUACCGCUGUGGAAACAUAGCAUCAAUCAUGGUCUUCAAGGAUGUGAAUACACGAGAGCCCAAGCUUUUCCGUGCUGUUCCAGACUCGGAGCGGGUUAUUCCACCCCGAACAACAACACCUUACUUCCUGUAGUUUUAAGAUAAUUUGUUUUCCCAGAAGGUGUUCCCUGCCCCCCACGACCAUCUAACAUGGUAUUUGCUCCAUACAGUUUAAGUCUAAACAGUCGUAUCCCAGAACCUUUCAGUUGCAGACUUCCAGCAAGUUUUGUAAGUAGGAACGUGUUGUGAGCCAUAUCUGAUGUUCUGGAGAAAUCUUAACUUUGUCUUUGGUAAAUCUGUUUAUACCUAUAUAUUCAUUCAUGGAAUGAGUGUUUUAGUUGACUGGAUCUCUCUUUGAUCAUGGCCGUUACCUCCUCCAAAUUUUAUUUAUAAUUCUUUAGAAAUUUCUAUAACAUACUUAUGAAAAAAAUAUCCAGUCUGGCUGAAUCUCAUUUAAAAAAAUAAUCCGAAUGAGUUUUCACAAAUUUAGAAGAAAAAAAAAGUUGUUGGUCAUUUUCUGUUCCCAUGUCAAAAUACCACCAUAUACAAAAUGACAAAAUGCAUCAUUUUGUGAAUGGUUGUGCAUCUGGUAUACCACUUAAGAUUUUCAGUAUAAGCAAUUCAGUCCUUAAUAAUAUAAUAUUUUAAGAUCCAGUUAAUGUUGGCCUGUACGUAGGAAAAGCAUAAACAUCUAGAAACAAAUGUUUUUUGUUGCUGGCAGAAAAAUAUUUUAACUUAUCUGUGGAGAAUUGCACCCCAACAUCCAUUGUUCCACUUGUAAUAACUUAAGUGAGAUUUUACUCUAUCCCGUUUCCUUUUAUUUCAAUAUUAAAAGGAAAACAUUUGAGGGGCAGGGCACAGUUUUUGGCAUGUGGGUUGUAAAGGUUUUAUACACAAUUUUAUGUCUUAGUUAUCCUUAUCUUAUUAUUUUAGACUGCCAAUUACUUACCAAUUGAAAAUAAAAUACUUAAAACUCAA